AUGAUGAGGAACGGUGUCGACGGCGCAGCAGCUUCGUCGGCGAUGAGGCUCAUGCGUGGUGGCGGGGAGACGAGCGCCGACACCAACGGCGCGCGCUCCGCCCCUGGCGAGGGCGGCACCGCUGGUCCAGUGCCGCGCCGAUCUGGUGACGAGAGGUUGGGGGCACCGCGCCGCUCUGAUGACGCACCUGGAGAGGAUGGAGCCGAUGCGCCGAUCUGGUGCUUGCAACAGAGUCAGAGGAACGACGGCCAGCAACAACGGCACGCGCGUCUCGCCUGGCGAGGACGACAGCGCCCGAUCCGAUGUGGCGCCAGAAGAGGACAGGAGCACCGGGGCGCUUCGGUGAGGUGCCCGACGACGACGGAGGAGCCGCACGGCCUGGGGAACGAGCGACGACGAAGGCGGAGGUUGGAGUCGCGAGGGGAUAAGAAUGGUGUGGGAUGGGCUCACUUGGACCGGUUUGAGGCCUAUUAG